AUGUUGCGCAAAUUAUAUGAUGAGGAACAAAUAGAGGAAGAUAAAUUUGAAGAAGAGGAGGAAGAAGAUUCCGGUCCCAUCUACGACACUGAUGGAGAAGGGGAAUUUUGUGAAAGAAUAAAUUUCUUGGUUGAAGAGGAAUUUAUUGAAGAAAUUGAAGAAGAAACUAAUUUCGUGAUCAGAGAUGAAUUUGUUGAAGCAAUUGUGGAAGAAAUCAAUUUUGUUGAUAUGGACAAAAUUGUUGAAGAAAUUGUGAUUUUUGUUGAACAACAAAUUUCAUUCCAAGAGCUUACAACCACGAGAACAAAUGACUAUAAGUGUCACAAAAAUUAG